AUGACGUCUAUUGGUACUGGUUACGAUUUAUCAAAUAGUGUUUUCUCUCCAGAUGGUAGAAACUUCCAAGUGGAGUACGCUGUGAAAGCGGUUGAGAAUGGUGCAACCUCUGUUGGUAUAAAAUGUAAUGAUGGUGUUGUGUUUGCGGUUGAAAAAUUGAUUUCCUCCAAGUUAUUGGUCCCAAAGAAGAACGUAAAGAUUCAAGUCAUCGACCGUCAUAUUGGUUGUGUGUAUUCUGGUUUAAUUCCAGAUGGUAGACAUUUGGUCAAUAGAGGUAGAGAAGAAUCAAAAAGUUUCUCUCAGAUGUACAGUAAACGUAUCCCAAUUCCUGCUUUUGCCGAUAGAAUCGGUCAGUAUGUCCAAGCUCACACUUUAUACAAUAGUGUCAGACCUUUCGGUGUCUCUGCUAUCUUUGGUGGUAUUGACGACGAAGGUUCUCACUUAUAUAUGAUUGAACCAAGUGGGAGUUACUGGGGUUACAAAGGUGCUGCUGCAGGUAGCGGGAGACAAAUUGCCAAGACUGAAUUGGAAAAAUUGUUUGAUAAGAACCCAGAUGGAUUGUCAGCUAGAGAAGCUAUAAAGCAAGCCGCCAGAAUUAUCUACUUGGCCCAUGAAGAUAACAAAGAAAAGGACUUCGAAUUGGAAAUAAGUUGGUGUUCGUUAGAGACUGAUAAAGUGCACAAAUUUGUAACAGGUGAUCUUCUUGACGAGGCUAUUGAAUACGCUAAAGGAGAGGUAAACGGUAGCAACGAUAGUGACGAUGAAGACAUGUCUAGUGACGAUAACAAUCAACAAGACGAAGAUGGCGACGUUGAAAUAGAAUAA